AUGGACGGUGGUGCAUCUGCUGAAGAAUUGCUCGUUAAGUUUGAAAUUGAGAAAUCAGAGAAUUUGACAUCAAGUUUGACAUUCCAUAACAUUGGUUUACCACCUUUGUUAAUAACUGCUGCUGAUGAUGGAACAGUUGAUGCUCACAUAACAGCGAUACGAGGUGACACGACAGCGCCACGAAAUGCUGGGUGGCAGAAGUCAUCUAAGCUGCCAAAAACGGAAAAGGACUACGAUGACGAUCUGUACAUACAACGCACGUGCGCUUGCAUCGCAGAGACCAUUCAUCAUGAUAGUGCAAUCCAGGAAGAUCAAAUACGAUGUAAUCAGACUGAACGAAAUAAGACAACGCAACUCGCUGAAUGGCGUAUGAAACUGGAGAAGAACUGCUCUUAG